AUGCCUCUCAAGAAGUCAUAUUCGGAACAUGUCGGCCUCCCAUCAAAGAACCGCUCGUGGCAACGUUCGAAGAGCAAUCCGGUGAAUGUCCAAACGUCCCGGCCUCUGGCGCCCGUCUCCGACAAAACGAAGAGCAAGCUGAACCAAUUCCAAUUCCAGUCUGCAAUCAAGGCAGAGACUGCGGAGCAGGAAAAUGGCACCGCAACGGAAGAUGGGGUUCGACAGACCCGAGACGACAUCGCCAUCACCCCAUCGACGAAGCUGAGCUGGCACGACCUGAUGGCGUCGAACGCCCCCAAGGAAGAAAAAACACAAACAUCUCCUAGUGAGCGGAUUCUGUGGAACAAUGAGAGGGACAAGAACGACCGGACGUACGCCGCCGCCCUCUCGCCAAUGAUGCAUAGGAAAGGCCGCAAACGGGCCAGGAGCUCGUCUCCCAUAUCAUCCCCCGCACCAAACGAUAAACCUACCACGCCGGCUGUCAACGUGAAGAAGCUGAGCGAAGCACUCAAAUCGCCACAUGCUGAUCCGACCUUGGAACUAUGGGACCGCUUCUCCCUCACCAGCAACGGAAACGUGACGCCACUCGGUCUCACGAAUCCCACACUCGCGAAUCUAAUGUUCUCUUCAUCACCGCGGAACCUCAAGACGGCACCUGCACCCGCAGGCGAUGGCAGCCUGCGCAGGGCAAUCAGUUGCGGUCUCAACUGGCCAAAGAGACGAAGAGUAGAACGCUCGGAUGCGCCCUCUUUUACUAGCACCUUGACGCGGGAGACGACCGACAGUUCAAAGAACUCACUUGUUACAGCAUUAUUGGACACUGUCACUGGAAGCAUGCAAGAGGAUAGCCUGCCAGAAGACUUUGAACCGUUCGUCGAUCAGGACAUGGAGUCGCCAUCUCUUAAGAAGAGGAAGACCAAUGUAUUCAGACCGCCGUUGCUCUCGCCAUCAAGGAAAACAAUCCGAGCCCCGAAUCUACCACCUGCAGGAAACACCUCUGACAUCGGUGUGGCCCAGGAUCUAGGGCUGGACCCGAAGACGAACGCGGGUUUGGCGGAGUCUGAUUACGGCGAUGUUGACUUUGACGACUUCGACGAGUUUGAUGACGACACUUUUCUCGAGCUUGAAGCCAGUAUCAGUCUGUCAAACUCCAAGAAAGAAGCUAGGCCAAGCACGCCUACUCCCGUACCUGCUUCCGUCCAACCCAACAAGCAAAGCAGCGUUAGCCUAGACGAUGAGUUCGGCGACUUGGACGAUGACAUUUUCGAGGCUGCAGAGGACAUUUUGGAGAGCGUAGUAGCAAACACAGCAUCCCAAACGCCGUUUGCAAAAUCGCCUCUUGGCGCAAUAAGCGUACCUGUUCCUGAACAGGACGACUUGGAUGAUGCCUUCGGAGACGACUUUGGGGGAGAUUUCGACUUCGAUGCGGCAGAGCUUGCUGCGACUCAAUCGGUCCAGCAGCCACAAGCCUCGCCGGCGACAGCUAAAAACCAAAAGCCCAAAGCUAUCCAGCGAUAUCUGGUGACCAAUGUCCUAGACAACGAAUACACCGACGAGCGCGGGCUUUCUCGAUUAGAGAAGAUUCUCAUCAUUCAAGCCGACAACAGUAAGGCCAUGAAAACGAUCCACCUUCGAGGUGAUUGGUUUGAAACGCCAGCACACGCAAAGGCAUAUGUGCAUGUUAUCGGAACAUUCUCAGCCAGCGGUCAAUGCAUCAUUGACGAUUCGCAUAAUAUCUUGAUCCUGCACCCAGAUCAGUUGGUAUCUGCCACCGUCGUUGCUGAUUCGUUCAGCUGCAUGCGCCGAGCAGUAUUACAGGACCGUGUAAAGGCAACCAGCGAAGCUACUGCUCCCUUGGUUUACGGGACUAUGUUGCAUGAAAUAUUCCAAGAAGCUCUCAUGGCUAAUCAAUGGGAUCUCCGGUUUCUAAGCGGCGUCAUUGAUAGAGUUAUGGAGAAACACAUUGAGGACCUGUACAAAAUAAAAGUCAGCACCAGCAUCGCUAGGGAACAUCUCCAGUCGAAAAUGACGGAGUUGAGCUGCUGGGCCACAGCCUUCGUGGCCCCUCAGCCGAACCUCGAUGCUGUUGUUCUCGAUCGCAAUGGCAAGAAGGCCAAUAUGUGCGUCAGCAAACUGCUCGAUGUCGAGGAACAUGUUUGGUCGCCCAUGUAUGGAUUGAAGGGAAAUAUCGAUGCCACCGUCCAAGUCACCUUGAAGGAUGGCAAAGACACCAAAACGCUUACCGUCCCGUUCGAAGUCAAAACGGGUAAACAUGCCAACAGCAAUCACAUGGCACAGACUGCGCUUUAUAACCUGUUACUUUCCGAUCGAUACGACUUGAACAUUGUGUAUGGAAUUCUCUACUAUAUGGAAACGUCACAAACAAUGCGAAUUCCGACCAUCCGGCAUGAACUACGGCACAUGAUCAUGCAGCGAAAUCAACUAGCUUGUCACAUUCGAGAACGGAGCGUUCAACUGCCUCCUAUGAAGAGGAGCAAGAACAUGUGUGGGAAGUGCUAUGCAAAGACGUCUUGCUUUAUUUACCACAAGCUCGCCGACGACGGCGAUGGAGAAACGAGUGGCAUGGAUAAGCAGUUUGAUGAAGUUGUCAAGCACCUCACGCCAAAGCACCAAAAGUUUUUCCUCAAAUGGGAGAAUCUCUUGACGAAAGAAGAGAAAGAGACCCAGAAGCUAAAGAGAGAACUCUGGACGAUGGUCAGCCAGGAUCGAGAGAAAGUGGGAAGAUGCCAUUCCGACGUCAUCAUUGAAGAGGGCUCGACGUCUGAGGACUUGGGCACUUCCAAGAUCAACCGAUUCAAGUACACCUUCGUGAAGAGAGUCCCAAAUUCAGGCCAUUCUUUCCUGGAGUCACAGUUGAAUGUUGGAGAGCCUAUAGUCGUUUCGGAUGAACAAGGUCACUUUGCCCUCGCCUUGGGCUACGUCAUUUCUGUUCGAAAACAGAGAAUCAGUGUAGCCGUCGACCGGCGCCUGCACAACGCCCGCAUCAAGCAGCCCGGUUUCGAUGAAAACGACAAUCAAGUUUUUGCUAGCAUUAUGGAGGUCGCGCCUGAGGGUUGCACAGCAGAUCAAUCCCAGGGCAAAAUUAAACAAGCGCCUAUCCGCUAUCGGCUUGACAAAGACGAGUUCAGCAAUGGCAUGGCCACAGUUCGAAAUAACCUUGUGCAGACCAUGGCUGAAGGCGUCUUCGGGUCUCGAGAAAUCCGUCGCGCUGUGGUGGAUUUGGUAGCGCCAAGGUUCAAGGCAGCACCUACACAAUACGUCGUAGCCGAUCGAGAGUCUCUGAAUGUUGACCAGCACCGAGCGAUCGAGAAGGUUAUGAGUGCCCAGGACUAUGCGCUAGUUCUUGGGAUGCCUGGCACCGGAAAAACCACAACUAUUGCACAUAUCAUUCGGGCUUUGGUCUCUCAAGGGAAGAGCGUACUUCUUACUUCGUACACGCACACUGCCGUCGACAACAUUCUCCUGAAGCUCAAGAACGACCAGACCCCGGUCCUCAGACUCGGCGCUCCCGCCAAGGUUCACCCAGAGGUCCAGCAAUUCGCGAUCCUGGCUGGCCAGCCGAUGAACUCUUUUGAGCAGAUCAAGGAAGCGUGGCACGAUACACCCAUUGUUGCCACUACUUGUCUCGGCGUUGGCCAUGCUCUCUUCAAUGAGCGUACAUUCGACUACUGUAUUGUUGAUGAGGCCUCUCAGAUAACGCUACCUAUUUGUUUAGGGCCAAUCAGGAUGGCAAAGACGUUUGUACUUGUGGGAGAUCACAACCAGCUUCCUCCCCUGGUUCAGAACGAAGAAGCUCGAGAAGGUGGGCUCGAUGUGAGCUUGUUCAAGCUUCUCUCUGACACGCAUCCGGACUCGGUGGUCAACUUGGAGCACCAAUACCGCAUGUGCGAGGAUAUCAUGACUCUGAGCAAUACUUUGAUCUACAAAGGGAGGUUGCGAUGUGGUACUGAGGAGCUGCGAUUCAAAAAGCUCGACGUGCCCGACAUGAGUGCGCUGAAGAGCCUUCAUUACGACUCAACAUCAAUGCUCAGGCUAGGGAUUCCGAAGUCUGUGUGUACGUCCAUGAACCAAAACUGCUGCUGGUUGCGAGACUUGCUGGAUAGCGAAGCUCGAGUAAGGUUUGUCAACACCGAUACUAUCCAAUCUCUUACCCGAGAAGAGGCAAAGGGCAAUCGAAUUGUCAACCCAGCCGAAGCACGCAUUGUAGUUCAACUCGUCGAGGGUCUCCUUACAAUAGGUGUACCUGACGGGGAAAUCGGAGUGAUGACGCACUAUCGCUCUCAAUUAUCUUUACUUAAACAUGGCCUUCGCGGCCAUGUGGGCGUGGAGAUGCACACCGCCGAUCGAUUCCAGGGACGAGAUAAGGAUGUCGUUAUUCUCUCCUUGGUUCGGAGUAACGAGAGCUGCAGUAUCGGCGAACUAUUGAAGGAUUGGCGACGCAUCAACGUUGCUUUCACUCGCGCUAAGACGAAGCUGCUUGUAGUAGGAAGCAAGAGCACCUUGAAGGGCAGCGGAAAGGACGAGAUGCUCAGCAAGUUCAUCGGCCUCAUGGAAGAGAAAGAUUGGAUCUACGACCUGCCGCCUGACGCAAUGGAUAGCCACUUUUUUGACGACACGGCGACGCAGUUGACGGCCAGCGGCGUGUCUCCGAUGAAGGCGAAGAAGAACAUGAGCCCGAGAAAGGGUGUCAGCCCACGAAAGGCCCCCAAGCUGGCCUUGGGGAAGGAAAAUCGUCGGCCGGAGCCUAAACGGGCGAAAAUUGGAGAGAAAGUACUUAUGAAGGAUAAAGUCAUUCUCAGGGAUAUACUUAACGAUAUUACGAACGGUGCUUAUUGA